CGCAGGGCUUCCAAUAAUCCCACGAUUCGAUCCAACUGCAAAUAAAACAAACUUGUCCUUUCCUGCAGCCGUCUGUCCUGCACAGCGAAUCUAGAACACAACCACCCUGCAGCUACCCCGUCCACUUUUCUACCAUUCCGAACCACCGGGCCGGCCAGAUUCGAUGACAAUCGAGCUCUGCCUCUGCCUAGAACUCCCACGGGCGUGAGACCGAUGAAGCACACGCAAGAGUCUUGAUCAUUCCCGGAGUGUGGGGACGGGGAGAAGAAUGUCAGCACGAAUUCGGCGGCAGCGCUCUUCGACGGCUGCGUCAAAUCCGCCAGAGAGCACCAAAGCCACCGCCGAACUGCAACUCCUCCUCGAUACUCUCUCCGCCACGCUUCGUCCUGGCUCCGGCGGCACAUACCCCGACCUCUCUGCCAUCAUAGAUCAGACCCAAUCCCUACGCAGAUAUCUCAUUGCCGCGCCCCGGACGUCCCAGGCCAACGAUAACUUUCGACAUCUCCACGGCUUCAAUACCCUCCUAGAUACACUCAAAGCCUUCUCGGGCUUCUAUCAUCCUACGAAGAGAAGCAAGAGAGACAAGACGCAGCUCUUUGAGCUUUUGGAAACCAUACUUGGUAUAUUAGGGCAGACGUUCAGGGAACACUACGGAAAUAAGAUUUAUUUCAAACGUCGCGUGGAAGGUGGUGGGUGGGCCGCCCUCGAACAGACUAUAGCGAGCACUGGCAUCGGGGGUAGUGAGUCGGACCUAUGGAGUGAAGCGCAGCUUUUUGGGCGGCUGUUGGCUUUUGCGCUUGACGACAAGAGAUUCGAGGCUUUGUGCCAGACGGCCGCUGAAUUACUUCCUUCUGUCACAGAGGAAGGCCAGCUCCUGGAUGAUGGAAGCCCAAAUGAACCUUUGGGUGGGAAAAUCGCUGUCUCGAGGCCAACUUCAGACUGCAUUGCUGAAGACGGGAAGGUCCUGGCUUUUGUUGAUGCCAAACUCCAAGACCUUUUGAAGGAAGGUGCUUUACUAUACAAUGCCGAGAUCGUGUCAACUAUUGUCGAUUUUUGGAGAACAAUUCCCCGACGGCCUGGAACCCCCGUGAGCCCGGCUGCACUGGUCGUCAUUCAGACAUUAACAAGGAUUUCGUCCAUCUCAAAUCACAAUCUGUUGGCAUUGCAUGCAACCGGCAUCUUGUCCACCCUCCUUCCCCUUUCUUUCGACUCAGACACUCCACUUGGAGCCUCUGAAAGACGGUCGGUGGAAGUUCUCUGUGCAUCUUUGCUGUCCCUAGGGAUCAGUACUCUAAGUGACGCUCAAUAUCUCAUCUGCAACAAAUCUCCCGCUGCGGCCGAGUUUCUCCUUCGAGCAAUGAAAAAUUCUCAUAGUCCUGCGUACAUACAAUUCGACCUAUCUUUGCAGGGUUAUGCUUCAAUUGAGCUCUCAACGUUAGGGCGGCCGUUUCCCCCUCCAUCAGCAACUGCUGGUUAUACUUUUACCGCUUGGGUUCACGUGGAUCAUUUCGAUCCCAAUUCCCACACCACCAUAUUCGGUGCAUUUGACUCGACCCAGACUUGCUUUCUUCUAGCAUAUCUAGAAAAAGAUACCCACAAUUUCAUUCUCCAGACAUCUGUCACUUCUUCCAGGCCUAGCGUCAGGUUCAAGUCGGUUGUCUUUAAGGAGCGCCGCUGGUAUCACGUCGCACUUGUUCACCGGCGGCAGAGAACCAUGUCCUCAAGCAAGGCCGCGCUUUAUGUCGAUGGAGAAUUUGCCGAACAAGUCAAAUGCCAGUAUCCCGUCCAUCCGCCCCCUUCAAACGCCAGUACCGAGAGCUUUGCGUCGUUCGCCACAUCCUCAACGAAGACAAACCCGGUGCAAGCAUUCCUAGGCACGCCCCAAGAUCUGUCUGCUCGCCUUGGCCGUGGUGUGGUAUUCUCACGUUGGUCAUUAGCUUCGGCACAUCUUUUCGAGGACGUGCUCAGUGACGACCUGAUCGCGGUGUAUUAUCGACUCGGGCCCCGUUACAAUGGCAAUUUCCAAGAUUGCCUUGGUUCAUUCCAGACGUAUGAAGCCUCAGCUGCGCUGGGAAUGCGUAAUGAAAUCAUACACCCUGGUAAAGACGAGAACUCCGAUAUAUUGGGUGCAAUUCGAGAAAAGGCGAGCUCCCUUGUUCCAGAGAGCCGUGUGUUACUCAGCAUUCUACCCACAGCUAUUCUUGGAGAAGAUGAUCGUCACACGUUAUAUGAAUCGCAACUCCUCCGUGGCCUGAACCGAACCGCAGGAAGUAACUUAUUUCAGCUAACGCACAACAACGGAACCUCGGUUGCCAUAAACGCUGCAGUGCCUUCAAUCAACGAUGCUUUGGCCAAGUCCCAAGGCACCAGUAUUUUGACAGGCGGCCCGGUGGUCAUAGUUCCACAAUCACUUGAUGAUACCUUGUGGCGUCUAGGGGGGUUUGCUGGGAUUGCUUUGAAAUUGGUCGAUAAUGCAACUACAAAGGAUGAUAUCGUGCGCGCAGUGGAACUUGUGUUUGAGAGUAUCAAGUCCAGCUGGCGGAAUAGUGAGGCCAUGGAACGAGAAAAUGGCUACGCUGUGCUGGGAGCUUUGAUUCGGGGUAAAGUCGGUGCUGGCGCAGUGGUUUCUUCUCGCGAGUCCGCCUUUGAAGCUCCCAGCAUGACCAGCGAUGACAUGGACCAGCUUGGUUUCCAGCUACUCAGUCUUGUUCUAGAAUUUGUUGGGUAUAACCUCGAGAAGCCGGAAGAGUCGUAUAUCAUCAAUCCCCUCGCAUACCGAAUUCUCCUUGUUGACUUCGACAUGUGGAGAAAGACGGCACCGAUCACUCAAAGACUCUACUACAAACAGUUUAUUGUUUUCGGAGUCAACAGCAAGUUCCACGAAUUUAACUCGCGGAGGCUGUUUCGAAUGAGAAUUGUGAAGAGGUUUCUUGACGCUCUCAAGGCGGAGACGUUCUCUCUUGAUGUAUUUCCGUCCUUUAUGGAAGCUCUCACAACUCUGGUAAAGUGCAAUGUGACAGCCGAAGUCUUUCGGUCUCUCGCACUCUUCAUCACGUACGCGUAUCAUAAGCCAAGUACCUCCGGAAACCGGACGCCCAGGAACCAAGCUGGAACCCUACCACUACGAUCUGGCUUGAAUCCCAAUGUUCCAAGACGACCGAUUCUCAACACCUUUUUGGAUGGUAAGGAUGUGACGUCUGCAAAUUUGACCAAGAGACAGCUUGGGAACAAGGUGCUGGAAAUGUAUUCCGAUAUGCUUUGCGAGAAAGGCAAUACAUCAAACAUUCGAAAAUUCGCCAGGACUGUCACGAACAAGUGGCUUUUGCACCUUCUGACAGAGGAUGACCCGGAAGUGGUUGUUCAUGGUACUAAAAUAUUAGCCCGGCUCCUUGUCAUCCACGGCUCUGGCUACGUCUCGAAGUUUGCAGGGAAGACUGGCGGCUUUGCGAUCAUGCGACACAGACUCAAGAGAUGGUGGGAUCUCCCCACAUUAUGGCCAAUCUGCUUCAGCAUCUUGUUCGCCCGUGACGUUGCGGAUAUCGAUUUUGAGAGGUCUUUCGAACUGUUCAGUCUUCUGGAGGCAUUUAGCAACUGCAACGUAGUCUAUCCAAACGUCCUACCGGUGAUCACAUCGAUGUUGCAAAGCGGGUUGAAGGAUGUCUUUCGACACCAAGAUGACCCGGACUCUCCUCUCAACGACAAGGGCAAUGGAAAGGGAGUUGAUGCAGCCUUGAGUGUGCCAUCCGGCCCGUCUCGUCGUAGGUCCAUGUCGUUGACUAAGGAACUAGAGUCACGCCAAAUUCAUCAGCCGAAGAAGGAACACCUCGGUGGACAGGCUACUGUCCUCCACACCGUUAUCCGUUUCUUAGCGGACUUGUAUUCCAAGUCGUUGGAUUACAGGGACUUCACGGUAGCUUCCGACUACAUCAGACUUCUUCUUGCCGUCUUGUUCCCAGUGGUUGUGAGCACAGACUCAGUCAGCCCUGAUGUCGAGCUAAACUCUCGCGAUUCGGCACUGACAUUUGAGGGUGAUGAUGUUAUCAUACGGAAUCUAUCACGAGUCUCAACGAUGCCCGCCCCGAUUGUUCGGACCUCAACCGUAGAAACACUACUUCCACCAAGUCCCACAACACCAAGAGCCAAGCCUCUGAGACGAGGAUCGUCAUUCAUUUUGUUAACUUCUCGGCCCUCUGAGUUCAGCCCUUCAUCAGCCAGGUUGAAUCUCGUCAUGUCUCCCAAGAAGAAACUUGCUACUCAGGCCAUCAGCAACUCCCUCGUCGAGGGCCUACUUGAACUAGUUGUGAAUGUAUUUAUCGACCAAGUCAUGGUCAGGAAAGAGUUUCCCGGCUUUGGUCUCUUCCAGAAAGUACCUCCGGGAUUCCAAGAACACCAGGCCUACUUUGAGUCAUACCUACUACGGAACACCAUCUCACAACUAGGUAACACCAUUCAGUUAGACCAAAAAUCACUUUGGGAGCCGAAGCUACUUCAAAAUAUGGCUCGCUUUGUUCUUCAUAUUGGGGAGGCUGUCUUUGAAGGAUGGUUCUUAAGUGGAGCAGAACCACUGCUUGACUUCGCAGGAACAUUAUUAGAGUAUUUGCAGCGCCCCGAAAUCUCCAAGAUUAAGAGCGUCCGCCUCUGUAGCCAGGCGAUAUUGUCUAUUAAAAGCGUCUUCCUAAGGGUGUCACUUCUCAGACUUUCGGAGCUUGACAGUGCUCAAGUCCCCGAGGAUGAGGCUGUCGCAUUCAUGGAUAAGCUACUCUACUGGCAGACGGUGGUCCUGUCUCCAGAUCUCGCAGAGGAUGACUUCUUGCAGCUGAUCUGCUAUCAGCUGUAUUUGAAGCUCGUUGAUUCACGGGAAAGGAUCCGCCUUGCUGCUGCGAAUCUUUGGCGGAUCUUGCUUGUGCAAAAACCGGAAGAGACAUCAACAAUUUUUAAUCAUGCAAUGACGAGUGAGCACCGAAACCUGACUUCCGGCUUCAAAAAGCUUAUGGAACUGGACAACGAAACCUUCGUUGCGUGGGUUGACGAUCAACGGGCCGAGCUUGAUGCAUUGUUCUUUGGGGCGAUGUCAAAGACCUGGGAGGCAUUUGUCAACAGUGAGAACGAGAAGACCGAAGAGACUGCCAAAAUUCGGCUCGCGAAGCGAAGAGAAAAGCUCAAGCAAUGGAAUACCGAAGAAAAAACCGAGGAAGCAAUCCUCUCACAACACGAUAUGGCAUCCUCUCAUUGGAUGAAGAACAUCUUUGCAUCGGAGCAUCUCAAGCACCAAAGAGCCCAACAAGAUCAACAAGACAACUUCUCUUUCCUAGCAUCCACAUUCUCAAAGAUGGAUCGUGAACUUCACAGACCUUGCGCUGUCUUCGAGAACGACUCACCUACGAAAUGGAAGCUCGACCGCACCGAAGGCCGGAAUCGUAUGAGAUUACGAAUGUUACCAGAUCGGGCUGCACCGACCUAUGACUAUCAACCCAAACGUAGAAUCACCGAUGCGCCCACCCCCUCGAAUGGAACUCUGAAGCUGAACACAAAGCUCCUCAACACUGGAGUAUCGCCAUCUCCCUUGCCGAUCACAGGCGAACUGGCUCUCGAUGGUCGGAACAGUCCAUCAAGUGAAGCACUUGGUAAUGCGCAACAGGAUGAUCCCGAUAUGUCACAAGAGAGCGUCAUGCCUGAGGAGGAUUUCGAGCUUGUGGAUGACCCUAAUGAUCCUGGUGAUGACGACGCCUACGAAGACAAAAAUCGAAAAGUCAUGCGAAGUCUCCAGAGAGGCGAUCAGGUUCAACAAGUCUUCAACAUUUCUCGCAUUAUCGGACUUGAAGCCUGUGAAGGCCUUCUUAUCAUCGGCAAAGAUUCCUUGUAUCUCAUUGACAACGUCUUUCAGAGGUCUGACGGAGAAAUCGUCAAUGUCACCCAAGCUCCCAGAGAAGAGCGUGAUCCAUAUCUGCAGAUGAUCGCUGGCCAAAAAUCGACAGAGAAACGAUCACAGACCAUCAGAAUGGACCAGGAGGCCAGGAGUUGGAGAUGGAAUGAUGUGAUCAGUGUCUCGAAGAGGCGAUUCCUGUUCCGAGAUGUGGCUGUAGAAGUGUUCUUCGUUGAUGGUAGAAGCUACCUCUUGACCGCAAUUUCCCCAUUACUUCGGGACGAUUUGUUCACAAAAUUGACCUCGAAAGCUCCACACACAACCGGAAGCUCGUCACUUCCAAAUCCCGAAGACAGCUGGCGUCUGGAGGCUCUUAAGGUCUCUGAUGAAACGCCGACGACAUUUGGGUCCAAAUUUGGGAGCAUUUUCAACUCAUCUGCCUGGAAUCCUGCCAUGCGAAGGUGGGCUAAAGGAGAGAUGUCAAACUUUCAUUACCUAAUGUUGGUCAAUACCAUGGCUGGCAGGACGUUCAACGAUCUCACGCAAUAUCCGGUGUUCCCAUGGGUCCUUGCAGACUAUACUAGCGGCGAGUUGGAUCUCAACAAUCCUGCUACUUUCCGAGAUCUGUCGAAACCAAUGGGAGCUCAGCACAACUCUCGGUCUGCGGAUUUCAUUGAGAGGUAUAAGACUUUUGCGGACAUGGGUGAUCACAACACGCCAGCGUUCCAUUACGGCACACAUUACUCGUCCGCCAUGAUUGUAACUUCGUAUCUCAUCAGGCUUCAACCAUUCGUUCAGUCGUAUCUGCUCCUCCAAGGAGGUAGCUUUGACCACCCAGACAGAUUGUUCUACUCAAUCGAGAAAGCUUGGCAAUCUGCCUCAAAGGACAACAUGACUGAUGUUCGUGAACUCAUCCCAGAGUUCUUCUACCUCCCUGAGUUUCUCACUAACAGCAACGGGUACAAUUUUGGAGUGAGACAAGGUGACGGCGGAGGGAUCGAUAAUGUACAGUUACCGCCGUGGGCGAAAGGAGAUCCCAAGAUCUUCAUAGCUAAGCACCGGGAGGCUCUCGAGAGCCCUUAUGUCAGUCGCCAUCUUCACCAGUGGAUCGAUCUCAUUUUUGGAUCCAAGCAGCGCGGAGAGGCAGCCAUCGAGAGUGUCAACGUGUUCCAUCACCUGUCGUAUCAUGGUGCCAAAGAUCUGGACAACAUAGUCGAUCCGGUUGAACGUCUUGCCACAAUUGGCAUCAUUCAUAAUUUUGGCCAAACACCCCACCAAGUCUUUUCCAAGCCGCAUCAAAGCCGCGAGGACUCGAAAAAUCGGAUUCUUCGCCUCGAUUCUUCCGCCGAGGCUCUCACCAAGCUCCCCUUUCCACUCCUGGAAUCCCACGAACGAGUUGCAUCUCUAAUAUACUCAGCGAAGCUUGAUCGCCUCCUAUGCGCCACUGCAUUCCGACUGAAUCUUCCCCCACAUUAUGACAAAUAUCUGGAGUGGGGCUUUGCCGAUCGAAGUGUACGGUUCUUCUUCAAUGACAAUCAGAAGCCUGCAGGCCACUUUGAAAACCUUCAUCAAGGUCAAUUAUCUUGCGCAAUCUUUGCCUCCUCACAGCUCCUGAUAACCGCUGGCGAGGAUUGUGUUAUAUCCGCUCACACUGUUAUCACCUCGACUUCAAAACCCGUGGAGCUUCAGCCCAGAUCGUCCUUAUUUGGUCAUAAAUCCCCAGUCACUGUGCUAGCAAUCUCUAAAUCGUUCUCUACACUCUUAUCGGCCUCCUGUGAUGGGGCGGUUCUACUUUGGGACCUCAAUCGCCUUGAGCUCGUGCGCAAGCUCACGAGUGGAAAAGGUCAAGUUGAGUGUGCGCGCAUCAACGACGUCACAGGGGAUAUCAUGCUUUGCCGUGGGAGGCAUGUCUCUAUUUACACCCUGAAUGGAGACUUGAUCCUGGACCAAAAAAUCUGCGAUAAUCCCGACGAUUCUAUCUCGGCUUGUGCGUGGUAUGAGGGGAAAGGGAACGAAUGGCUAGAGAGCAGCCUCUGCUUCACCGGUCAGAGAGGCGGGGUCGCAAAUGUUUGGCGCAAGGCUGUCGGAAGCGGAAGGAAUGGGAAAUGGAAGUUGGAAUUGGUGAAGAGGUUGGAUCAUGCCGACAGCUGGAGGCAAGGGGAGACUGCUGUGGGCAGCUUAGCUACUCCAGGAGGUGGCGGCAUCAGAGUCCUCGUUGACGCUGCGAUCACCUGCAUAACACCAAUGGAGCAGACGGUGUAUACCGGUGAUGAAGAUGGGCGAGUUUACCAAUGGGAUCUGGUGCAGAGAGAACGAUAGACACGAUAGACUUUUGGCGGGGUUGAAGAAUGGCGUAAGAGGAAACGGCUGUAGAUGAGAAAAACGCAUUAUGAACAUAGAAAUGAACGCAAUUGUUAUACCAGAAUACUACCUAUCUGUUUCGCAGGGCUGUAUUUUGCAAAUUAGUCAUUUGUCUCCAUUAGAAGAAUGCCUUUCCA